GAGGGCGGCCGCCAUGGCCGGGGGCGCCCCAGCCCCGGAGCCGGCCACCCGGAGUGCUGGGAAGAAAGGGUAUUUUGGUGGCAUAUAUGAUGCAGUACGAGCUGGAGAUGUGAAACAGCUUUCAGAAGUAGUAGAACGUGGAGCAAAUAUUAAUGAAGUUGAUGUUCUACAUAAAUUCACCCCUUUACAUUGGGCAGCACAUUCUGGAAGCUUAGAGUGUCUUCAUUGGCUUCUUUGGCAUGGAGCUGAUAUCACAAAAGUAACCACAAGAGGUUGGACAGCAGCUCACAUAGCUGCAAUCAGGGGUCAGGAUGCUUGUAUGCAGGCUCUUAUAAUCAACGGGGCAAAUCUGUCAGCGCAAGACGAUCGUGGAUGCACCCCUUUACACCUUGCUGCAACACAUGGACAUUCGUUCACUCUACAAGUAAUACUGCGAAGUGGAGCGGAUCCCAGUAUAACUGAUAAGAGAGAUUGGAAACCUGUACAUUAUGCAGCUUUUCAUGGGCGGCUUGGCUGCUUGCAACUUUUAGUUAAAUGGGGAUGUGGCAUCGAAGAUGUGGAUCACAAUGGAAAUCUUCCAGUUCACUUAGCCGCCAUGGAAGGCCACCUUCACUGUUUUAAGUUUCUGCUGAGUAGAAUGAGCAAUACAACAGAAGCUUUAAAAGCCUUCAAUGAUAAUGGAGAAAAUGUGUUAGACCUGGCCCAGAGAUUCUUUAAACAGAACAUCUUACAAUUUAUUCAGGGGACUGAAUAUGAAGGAAAUGAUCCAGCAGAUCAGGAAGCUUUAGAAUUUCCAGGUCAUGUGGCUGCCUUUAAAGGUGAUUUAGAAAUGCUUAAGAAAUUAAUUGAAGAUGGAAUAAUUAAUAUUAAUGAACGUGAUAAUAAUGAAUCCACUCCUAUGCAUAAAGCUGCUGGGCAAGGUCACAUAGAGUGUUUGCAGUGGAUGAUUAAAAUGGGAGCAGACAGUAAUAUUACUGAUAAAGCAGGGGAGAAACCCAGUGAUGUAGCAAAGAGGUUUGCUCAGUUAGCAGCAGUAAAGCUAUUAGAGGGUUUACAGAAAUACGAUGUAGAUGAUGAGAUUGAAAUUGAUGAAAAUGACAUCAAGUUUUUUGUAAGACAUGGUAUUGAGGGGAGCACUGAUGCCAAGGAUGAUUUAUGUCUUAGUGAAUCAGAUAAAACAGAUGCAAGAGUGAGAGCUUAUAAGAAAGUUGUAGAAUUGCGAAAACUCCUGGAAAUUGCAGAGAGCAACUAUAAACAGUUGGGAGGAAUAACAGAAGAAGACAUAAAGAAGAAGAAAGAAGAGCUCCAGUCUGAAAAGACUAUCAAGGAGCUGCAAGGCCAGCUAGAGUAUGAAAGACUACGGAGAGAAAAAUUAGAAUGUCAGCUGGAUGAGUGCCGAGCAGAAAUGGAUCAACUCAGGACAACACUGGAAAAACCUCAGGAAGAUGACUACUCUUAUAAGUCAAGCAAAGAUAAGAGGCGAGUGAAGAAAAAAGUGUCUGCUGGGGAAAUUUUGGGGAAGAGGCACUAGCCAGUGUAAUAACUUUAAAUAAAUGUGCUUGCUUUUUAUGUUUUAUUUGAAAAAUUGAUGUAAAUGUAAAUCUAUAGCAACUCUCCUCAGACUUACUGAUAUUAUACUAAUUCUGAAGACAGAAAGAAAUGUUGUAUGAAAAAAAGGAACUGUUAAAUUUACAUGGAGUCAAUUGUAACAACCCUCCCU